UGGUAAGGUAGUAAACAUACAGUGGUCAUCAAAUUGGUCGGCAAACACUGGACACGAGUAUGAGCGUUCAGUGAUCAUCAGUGAUUGACAUAUGCUAUACAUUGUGGCUGGUGUGUCAUUUUCAAUCAUUUUCUACUGAGGUGUUGCCAGGGAACAUCGUGCAGAAUAUGCAAAAUAGAUUGAUUAUCUAGGUUAAUCAUGGUGGACGAAUCAACGAAAAAGACGUUAAGUAGCAUUCCUCUGCUGAGUACAAAGGCCGGACCUCGUGAUAAAGAAUUAUGGGUUAACAGAUUGAAAGAAGAAUAUCAGGCUCUGAUAAAGUAUGUCCAGAACAACAAAGGGGCCGAUAAUGAUUGGUUUCGACUAGAAUCCAACAAGGAAGGAACACGAUGGUUUGGCAAAUGUUGGUACAUACACAAACUCCUCAAAUAUGAAUUUGACGUGGAGUUUGAUAUACCUAUUACCUAUCCUACAACAGCACCUGAAAUUGCUUUGCCAGAGUUGGAUGGAAAAACAGCAAAAAUGUAUAGAGGUGGAAAAAUCUGUUUGACUGACCAUUUCAAACCACUUUGGGCAAGGAAUGUACCCAAAUUUGGGAUAGCUCACGCAAUGGCUUUAGGGUUGGGUCCCUGGCUAGCUGUAGAAAUUCCGGAUCUUAUCGAAAAGGGUGUUAUUUCUUACAACGAUAAGGGAGAUGAAUGAUUUACUCCACGAUUGAUAUUGUGUAUACCUAUAUUGACAAUUCCUCAUAAAUAUAUGCAUGUUAACUGUGCCUUAUUGAUCGAAA